CCCCUCCUAACAUUGCAAAGAAGGAGAGGCAAGAAGAAAUUUUGACCCUUAACAAAAAAUGUCAGGUAAGGACGCUAUUUGUAAGUGGAUUACCCUUAGAUAUCAAACCCCGGGAGCUGUACUUACUAUUCAGACCAUUCAAGGGUUAUGAAGGUUCAUUAAUAAAACUCACAUCAAAGCAGCCUGUUGGAUUUGUAAGUUUUGAUAGUCGAUCAGAAGCAGAAGCUGCCAAGAACGCAUUAAAUGGAAUACGCUUUGAUCCAGAAAUUCCUCAGACGUUACGGCUCGAGUUUGCAAAAGCAAAUACAAAGAUGGCCAAGAGCAAACUUGUGGGAACCCCAAAUCCCAGCACACCUCAGCUGAAUAAUGUACCUCAGUUUAUCUCCAGGGAUCAGUAUGAACUCACAAUGCCUGCACUUUACCCGGGUAGCCCUGAAGUGUGGGCGCCGUACCCCCUCUACCCAGCGGAAUUAGCACCUGCUCUACCUCCUCCUGCUUUUACCUAUCCCGCUUCACUGCAUGCCCAGGUAAUUGAUACCAAUCAGCCACGUCCUCACUCUGUAUCCCACUUGCCCUUCCUGGUACCACGGUGCACUCCACACACUAACCCUUUGUCCUACCAGCUAACUGGCUCACCACAAGGAGGCUCAUGAUGUGUCUCUUGUCCUUCCCAUUCUCUCUACACGUGGCGGGAAACCCUACAUCUCUGAUUUUCAAUUCUAAAUUUAAUUUUCACUGGUGUA